AUGGCAAACAUUGCUCAUCUGAUUGUCUCGGGCCUGUUGGCGGCUACUGUUGCCCACGGCCAGCAGUACGAGGGAUCUUCCAGAAGCGAGGAUGCCUUCUCCUAUGUGCAGCCUCGCAAUACAACGAUUCUCGGGCAGUAUGGGCAUUCACCCGCCGUCCUUCCGUCGCCCAAUUCCACCGGCUCAGGUGGAUGGCAAGCCGCUCACACCAAGGCCCGGCACUUCGUUUCUCAGUUAACGCUGGAAGAGAAGGCCGACAUGGUGACCGGACAGCCCGGGCCCUGUGUGGGGAAUAUUGUGGCUAUUCCUCGCCUCGGGUUCAACGGCCUUUGUUUGCAAGAUGGUCCUCUGGCAAUUCGUGUCGCAGACUAUGCCAGUGUAUUUUCUGCGGGUGUGACAGCGGCAUCAACAUGGGACAGGGACGUCCUGUACGAACGAGCCUUUGCCAUGGGCCAGGAAUUCCGGGCCAAGGGCGCACACAUCGCCCUUGGGCCCGUCGCUGGCCCUCUCGGACGCUCCGCAUACGGAGGGAGAAACUGGGAAGGCUUUGCAGCCGACCCGUACCUGACCGGUGUUGCCAUGGAAUUGUCCGUUAAGGGCUACCACGAUGCAGGUGUUCAGGCCACCCCGAAACAUUUCAUCGGCAACGAACAGGAGACUCAACGGAAUCCCAUUUAUAAUCCCAAUGGCACCAUCACCGAUGUCCUGCAAGAAGCUGUUUCUUCCAACAUCGACGACCGAACCAUGCAUGAACUAUACCUCUGGCCAUUUGCCAACGCGGCCCAUGCCAAGGCAGCCGCCUUUAUGUGCUCCUACCAGCGUCUCAAUGGCUCCUAUGCCUGCCAAAACUCCAAGGCUCUCAACGGCUUGCUCAAAGAGGAGCUGGGAUUCCAGGGCUACGUCAUGUCCGACUGGGGAGGCACGCAUUCGGGCGUCGCCUCCAUUGAGUCAGGUCUCGAUAUGAACAUGCCUGGAGGUCUCGGUCCAUACGGAACGAUCCCUCAGGCGGGUUCCUUCUAUGGGGGCAACGUCACUCAAGGCGUCAAGAAUGGAACCAUCGAUGAGGCUCGCGUGGAUGAUAUGAUCAUCCGCAUAAUGACACCAUACUACUGGCUCGGCCAGGACAAGGACUUCCCCUCCGUUGACCCCUCCUCUGCCGACCUGAACACUUUCUCUCCCCGGUCGACAUGGCUUCGCCAGUUCAACCUGACCGGAGAGCGUAACCGUGACGUCCGCGGCGACCACGCCAAGAUCAUCCGUAGACAGGCUGCCGAGGCCACCGUCUUGCUGAAGAAUGAAAAGAACGCCCUCCCGUUGAAGUCCCCCAAGUCACUUGCCAUCUUUGGCAAUGAUGCUGGUGAGCCCACCAUGGGUGCCGUCAAUCAAGCGAACUUUGAGUUCGGCACCCUCGCUGCUGGUGGAGGAUCCGGCACUGGUCGCUUCACAUAUGUGGUUUCCCCCCUGGAAGCCAUCCAAUCCCGCGCCAAACAGGCCAACACCCUGGUCCAAUAUUGGAUGAACAAUACUGAUAUUGCAACCACCGACGUGACUACCCUCUGGGUACCCGCACCACCCGAUGCGUGUCUUGUCUUCCUGAAGACCUGGGCUGAAGAGGGCGAGGAUCGCGAGUACCUCCACGUGGACUACGACGGAAACGACGUUGUCUCCUCCGUCGCUAGUAAGUGCAACAACACGAUAGUGGUUACGCACUCCUCCGGCAUCAACGAGCUCCCGUUUGCCGACCACCCCAACGUCACUGCCAUUCUCGCUGCCCAUUACCCGGGCCAGGAGUCUGGCAACUCCAUUGUCGAUGUGCUGUACGGCGACGUCAACCCCUCCGGACGGCUGCCGUACACGAUUGCGAGAAACGGGAGUGAGUACAACGCGCCUCCCACAACGGAGGUCACGACCACCGGGGCAGAAGAUUGGCAAGCGUGGUUCAACGAGAAGCUUGAAAUCGACUACCGCUACUUUGAUGCCCACAAUAUCUCCGUUCUCUACGAGUUCGGGUUCGGCCUGUCGUACACGACCUUCAAUCUGUCUGAAAUCAACGCUGAGCCUCUGGUCGAGUCCAUCUCGUCUGUUCCCGAGCAGCGACCCAUCCAGCCCGGAGGCAACCCGGCCCUGUGGGAGAAUGUAUACAACGUGUCUGUUGUGGUGACGAAUACGGGAGACGUGGAGGGCAAAGCUGUUCCCCAGCUCUAUGUUACCUUCCCCGACAGCACCCCUGCGGGAACCCCGCCCAAGCAGCUCCGAGGAUUCGACAAGGUGGCCCUGAAGCCGGGCCAGUCUCAGGCUGCAAGCUUCCAGCUGAUGCGGAGAGAUCUGAGCUACUGGGAUGUCGUGUCGCAGCAGUGGCUGAUCCCUGAGGGCGAGUUUGUGAUUAGUGUGGGUUUCAGUAGUAGGGAUUUGAGGGAGGUGGUCCGGGUUACUCCUGUGAGUGGUUCAACAUGA